UCUAUCUCUCUCAGUCUCAAGUCAAACGUCAGUCAGUCAUCACGAAUCCACGAGCUAUAAAACUAAAAGGAUGCGAGCACUCGGGGCACCCCUAUUAUUGCUAGCGCCACUCCACUACUUUCGUAUUUCCCCGUCUCCUCCAUAUUUGCGCACGCUCUCGCCAUCUCCACCCCGGCCUCUGGUCAAUUUUUUCUACUUCUACUCCUCAGCAAGACCGAUCGCCGGAAUCGUAUCAUCAAUGGCCGCCGCCGGCGAACGCGUCACGAGCGAGUGGUUCUCGGUGCCGGACCUCCGGCUCCGGAACCACAGAUUCACCGUGCCUCUCGAUUACUCUCUCAGUGAACCUGCAUCGCCGAAGAUCUCCGUCUUUGUCCGCGAAGUCGUUGGUGUUGGGAAGGAAGAACUAGACCUCCCCUUUUUACUGUACUUGCAGGGAGGGCCGGGUUUUGAGUGCAUGCGACCAUCUGAAGCCGGUGGAUGGAUAAGCAAAGCAUGUGAAGAGUAUCGCGUUGUUCUACUGGACCAGCGAGGAACGGGCUUAUCGACACCUUUAACAACAUCAUCGAUGUCUCAAUUUAAAUCUGCUGAGAAGUUGGCUGACUACUUGAAACAUUUCCGAGCUGACAACAUAGUGAGAGAUGCUGAAUUUGUACGCAAAAGGCUUGUCCCUGAUUCUAGGCCAUGGACAGUGUUGGGACAGAGUUAUGGCGGCUUUUGUGCAGUAACUUACCUGAGUUUUGCUCCACAAGGACUGAAACAAGUCCUUUUGACUGGUGGAAUCCCUCCGAUAGGAAGUGGAUGCACUGCAGAUGCUGUUUACAGAGCUUGUUUUGAUCAGAUUGUGAAGCAAAAUGAGAAGUAUUACCAGAGGUUUCCUCAAGAUAUACAUAUUGUUCAAGAAAUUGUAAAAUAUUUAGCAGAAUCUGAAGGUGGUGGGGUACCUCUUCCAUCUGGUGGCAUCUUAACACCACGAGGGCUUCAGCUUCUGGGUUUGUCGGGUUUAGGAUCAAGUACUGGUUUUGAACGUUUGCAUUAUAUGUUUGAGAGGGUAUGGGAUCCUACAUUAAUUCCAGGUGCCCCAAAGAGAAUUAGCUACGUCUUUCUAAAUGCAUAUGAGAAGUGGUUGGAUUUUGACUGUAAUCCUCUAUAUGCUCUCAUGCAUGAGUCCAUUUACUGUCAGGGUGCUUCUUCAAGUUGGUCUGCUCACAGAAUAAGAGCUGAAAAUGAGAGUCGGUUUGAUGCAAUGAAGGCCGUCAAAGAAGGACGUCCAGUGCUGUUUACUGGAGAGAUGAUUUUUCCAUGGAUGUUCGAUGAGAUGCAUGCCUUGAAGCCUCUCAAAGACGUUGCUCAUUUAUUGGCAGAGAAAAAGGACUGGCCUCCUUUGUACGACGUUGCCACAUUGAAAAAUAACAAGGUCCCCGUUGCUGCUGCUGUUUACUACGAAGACAUGUACGUAAACUUCAAGCUUGUGAUGGAAACAACUCCUCAGAUAGCAGGGAUCAGAUUGUGGAUCACAAAUGAAUACAUGCAUUCUGGUCUCAGAGAUGGAGGUGGCCACGUUUUGGAUCAUCUACUAGGUUUGCUCAAAGGGAAAAAGCCUCUAUUUUAGUUUCUUUUUCUUUUUCUAAAUCUUUGACAUUUUUACAUACUUUGAAAAUAAUAAAAACUAGAACGCGAGAUUUUCUUGUUACA